AUGGCGUCUAGUCAGGGAGGUGUGGGAGCUGUCACGGCUCUACAAAGCCAUCACUACCCCAGUGGACCUCACUGGAGCCCGGGCAUCAGCCAGUUCCAGCCGCCGCACCAGCAGCAGCAGCAGCAGCACCACACGGCCCGCAGCCUGGACCGAGCUCUGGAGGAUGCGGUCUGCUCCGGGAUCCUCAACCUGAGCGGCAGGAAGCUGAGGGAGUACCCGGGGAUGAGCUACGAUCUGACGGAUACGACACAAGCAGAUUUGUCCAAGAAUCGCCUGACAGAAAUCCCUCCUGAAGUAUGUCUGUUCGCUCCCCUCGAGUCGCUCAACCUCUACCACAACUGCAUCAAGUGCAUCCCAGAAGCCAUUAUCAACCUGCAGAUGCUCACUUAUCUCGACAUCAGCCGAAAUCUCCUGUCAAUUCUGCCAAAAUACUUGUUCAGCCUCCCCCUCAAAGUCCUGCUAGUGAGCAACAACAAGCUGGUGUCCAUCCCAGAGGAGAUCGGGCGGGCCAAAGAGUUGAUGGAGCUGGACGUGAGCUGCAAUGAGAUCCAGGUGCUGCCAGCUCAGGUCGGGAGGCUUCACGCCUUACGAGAACUCAACAUCAGGAAGAACUGUCUCCACAUGCUGCCUGAGGAGUUGGCUGACCUGCCUCUCAUCCGACUCGAUUUCUCCUGCAAUAAGAUCACAGAGAUUCCUGCAGCCUACAGGAAACUCAGGCAGCUGCAGCACAUUAUCCUCGACAACAACCCUAUGCAGUCUCCACCCGCUCAGAUUUGUCUCAAGGGCAAAGUGCACAUAUUCAAGUACCUGAACAUCCAAGCGUGUAGGAUGGACAAGAAACCGGACACGCUAGACCUCCCCUCCCUUGGCAAGCGGUGCCUUCCACAGCCGCUGACAGAUAGCAUGGAAGAUUUUUAUCCUAGUAAGAACCACGGGCCUGACUCUGGAAUUGGUAGUGACAAUGGCGACAAGAGGCUGUCUACAACUGAGCCUUCAGAUGACGACACAGUCAGUCUGCACUCCCAGGUUUCAGAGACAGCCCGUGCCGACGCCCUCUCACUCCUCUCCAAAAUGGAUUCUUGCAAAGAUCAGGAUCUCUAUGACUUUAUAGAGCCCAACCCGGACGAGGAUCCUGCUCUGUCAGAGUGUGAUGGGCAGCAGAGCACUCAUGUGUCUUGUGUAAAGGAACUGGAGAAAGUUCUUAAUAUGUCUCACCAAAGCAAAGAUAAAGACAGCUGGAAAGAGGAGUCUGGUUCCGAUAAGGAACAGCUGGUUGAAGAAGAAGACGAUGAGCUAAAGGAGGUGCUGGAUCUGAGGAAGAUCGCUGUUCAGCUGCUGCAGCAGGAGCAGCAGAACAGACGACGGUCCUUAAUCUGCAGAGCAGAGAGUCUCAUCCACCGACGGAGAGUGACCGGCCGAGCACACAGGUUCUUAAGUCACUCGGGAAGCUCCAGCAGCAAACCAAGGCCCCCGCCUCAGACGGCUCGCAGUGCUUCUCUGGAUGAAGGAAGCAGUGGAGCGUCAGUGCUGAGUGGACAGCCCUCAUCCUCCUGCUCCUUUGAUGGAAGCCUGAAGUCAGAUCUCUCCGAUUCAGAACCAAAGUGGCCUGAGGUCCCACCAGUUCUUAACCAGAAUGAGGAUCGCAGGAGGAACAAGUACCUGAGAAAAGACUAUCUCAAGUACAAGUGUCAGAGUGCUCGGAAAAACUCCGGCGGGAAUGACGACUGCGAGGAGGGCUUACGCAGCAGUGAUUUCAGCACCACCCUGACAGUGUUUGGACUGAAGCCUAGAUCAGCCUUCACCAGAGGAAACAGGCAGGAAUACAACUCCACAGACCCCAGUUUUACUAUGAGGAGGAAGAUGGAGCACUUGAGGGAGGAGAUGGAGCAGAUAGGACUGUUACGGCAGAAUAUUGAGUCCCGACUGAAGGUGUUGCUCCCAGACGAUGUUGGAGCUGCUCUGAUGGAUGGGGUUGUGCUUUGUCAUUUAGCCAAUCACAUCUGUCCCCGGUCUGUCUCCAGCAUCCAUGUCCCGUCUCCUGCAGUGCCAAAGCUCAGCAUGGCUAAAUGUCGCAGGAAUGUAGAGAACUUCUUGGAUGCAUGCAAGAAGCUGGGUGUCCCACAGGACAAGCUGUGUCUGCCCCAUCACAUCCUGGAGGAGCGUGGUCUGGUGAAGGUGGGUGUAACUGUCCAGGCUCUGCUCGAUCUGCCCUCACCGAAGCCCUCACAACUCUCAGCUGUUUGACGAAAGCCCGAAUGUCACGCCCGACCUAUUGUCAUCAAACCAACUCAUCUUCUCCCCGGAAACAAAAUCCCUACAGCCCUCCACAGUCACCAGAGACCAGAGAGCCCCCUCUGGGUGAAGAACUGGUGGACAGAGGAGGGUCUUUGGGUGUCUUCUUCUGCCUGACUGAAACAGGAGACGUUAAGGAGAAAAUCUCUGUCUCUUUAGAUGAUGUCAGCCGGCGCCUGCCUCCACUCCAUCACAUUUGUACUUGUGUCCUGUUCCUCGUUGUUGGACUCUUCCGUAUAUGUGAGUGCGUGCAUCCUGACUGUGUUUUGCUGCACAGUUUGGAGAGACAGACAAAACAAAGGGUCUAUAAAAAGACCCUCACCUCUCUCUUUACAUGCUCAGUGAUUAUUGAGCCUUCAAGUGCCAGUACUGACAGUAUUUCCAUGCUGGUGUUGGAGACAUUGGCAGUGAGGAGAUGACAAGACAUGUAACUCAGUUUUCAUUGUAAAGACGCAAACACCUGUGAUCUCGGGGGGUUCCUGCAAUCCUCGACUCAAUCUUCGUUAUUUUUCCCCAGGAAAACAUAACAUUUCAAUACUUGCUGUUCAGUUUUCUUUUUUGCCAUCGUAUUUGCAACUUACUUCAUCUGAGCUAUCAUUUUUAAAGUACGACUAUGCGACUUUUUCAGACCAAAACAAAUUCUCUCUUUGGCUACACCCACAUCAUCUCUCAUCUCCCUUUCCCCCUAUGCCUCCACACUCACCUCACAAGUCAUUUUCCGUGUCACCAGCAUGUUUCUGAGACAAAGCAGCAGAUAGAGCUGAUAAACAUCUAAAAACAAGAUACUGAUACAAUUCAUUUCAGGUGACAACCUGGUCAGGUCACACCUGAUUAUCUUUUUUAUACCAUAGAAAGUUUUUUGUACAAAUCCUUCAGUUGAACCAUGGGGAUGACACAACGCUAAUAUGCCCGUAUAAAUGGCAUCGCUGAGUCUGCAGGAUUGUCUUUCACCCCAUAUCAACAGUGCAUUAACAGGGAUUUAGAUCUAUUCUGGGUAUUCACAUACCAAGUGAUAAUCCUUCAUGCUGUGUCGAUGCAUCAUGAUGCGUACCGAAGACACUUGGAUAUCUGAAAUCUCAGUCUUCUUAUACAGGUAGUCUGGGAUGCCUUCAUAUGGAUUGGAUUGGCUGUGAAGACCUAAUGCAUUCUAGCAUGUAGAGGUGCUGAAAAAAGCAAUCAAUGUAAAAAAUGUAGUUGCUGUGAUUCGAAUUGAUUUAAAAUCUCCAAAAAUUGAUAUUUUUUAACAUAUUUUAUCGCAUCCUGAGCGCAUUUUCAACAGCAGACAGUUGAACACAGCAGAUCUAGUACUGGUAUUUUCCUCUGUAUAUGAUCUCUACUUACACUAGCACACAGAUGCUACAUACACAUUCAGCAGGAGUAAAAAUAAGUAGAACAUCAGCAUCAACAACUGCUGGCCAGCACAGGCAAUAGAAAUAACAGGAUUUAUUGUCUGGUUCACAUCAAGGACUGGUGUUACGGGUUAACAAGUGACCAUGUUAAAUGGUGACUAUUUGUCAGUCGUGUCUGGGUAAUAACAGAUAUCAAAAACUUAAAGAGCCCCUUGCUGUAACUACAACAACCAUAUACACUUUCAGGUGAAAAGUCACCAGU